UAAUUCCAUCGUCCAAGCGCAGUAUCCCGUUCAAAGUGCAUAGAUUCUGUGUUUUGGUUCAUGUAGUGAAAGGAAAGAGUUAGCUUUUGAGGUUUUACGACUUUAAUUUAGUAUUUUAUCUACCGCACAAGCCUCUAGCACAUUACCAGAUAAUAUAAGCCGAUAAACAGCUCGUCUGAAGGCCUGUUAUCUUCUGUCCGCGAGACAGGGGAGUGCCUGGAAUUGGACAUUUAGCUUGUGAGCUAACGUCAGCAGCAUCAGGUUGACCCAUGUCCUCUGAGGUGGCUUUCGGCUCCGCGCUCUCACACUGGCUCACCUUUAACUCCUGGUGGCUGCUUCUGCCUUUCAUUAUGCUCCUGGUAGUGGCUGCUUUCAUCGUGGCCUUCGUGCUGCUGCUGUACAUGAUAUCCCCGUUAAUAAGCCCCAAACCUCUCAAACUGAACGGGGCCCAUGUGGUGGUGACCGGAGGCAGCAGUGGGAUUGGGAAGUGUAUCGCCAUGGAAUGCUACAAACAUGGUGCCUUCAUCACUCUGGUGGCACGAGAUGAGCGCAAGCUGGUUCAAGCCAAGAAAGAAGUGGAAAAGUGUGCCAUAAAUGAUAAGCAGGUGGUGCUUUGCAUUUCUGUUGAUGUGUCGAAAGACUACAGCCAAGUGGAGAGUGUCAUAAAACAAGCUCAAGAGAAGCUGGGUCCUGUGGACAUGCUGGUGAAUUGUGCAGGGACGUCUAUAUCUGGGAAGUUUGAGGAAGUGGAAGUUGACCGCUUCAAGAAAUUGAUGGAGGUGAACUAUCUGGGCAGCGUUUACCCCACCCGGGCAGUGAUCACCACUAUGAAGGAAAGGCGGAUGGGCCGCAUCAUGUUUGUGUCGUCACAGGGAGGGCAGAUUGGCCUCUUUGGCUACACGGCCUAUUCGCCAUCCAAAUUCGCCCUGCGUGGUCUGGCUGAGGCCUUGCAGAUGGAGAUGAAGCCCUAUAAUAUCUAUGUUACAGUGGCGUAUCCCCCAGACACGGACACACCAGGUUUUGCAGAAGAGAAUAAGAAUAAGCCUCUGGAGACCAAGUUAAUUUCAGAGACGUCUGGAGUCUGUCAGCCUGAGCAAGUGGCAAAAAUUGCAGUGAAGGAUGCUGUGCAGGGAAAUUUCACCAGCUCAUUUGGUCCUGAUGGCUACAUGCUGUCAGCACUGACCUGUGGGAUGUCACCUGUUACCUCCAUCACUGAGGGGCUGCAACAGAUUGUGACCAUGGGACUGUUCCGCACCAUCGCUCUCUUCUACCUGGGCAGUUUUGACAGCAUCGUCCGCCGCUGCAUGAUCCAGAGAGAACAGUCCAAAGCAGCUGACAAGAGGGAGUAGCACCAGCAUUCCCACCACUAUCCACCUCCAUCACCACCACUACAUUCACCCAUACACCUUCACAGCACGCACAAACCCAGCCUGGAAGACGUUUAAGUGGGUAGAAGAGGUCUACGCUGACAAAAUAGGUGUCUGUAAUAGGUGUCCAUCUUUAAUGAUGCAUCAUUCAGGGCCCAAUCAUUCCAGUGCAUGCUACAUCAAUAUUUCAGUCUCUUAAAAAAACAAAACAAAAACAAGUUUAUUUGCAUUUAAGUUACUUACUCUUUGGCUCUCACUGCCUCUACUACAUUCUCAUGUUUCAGAAGGUUUGUGGUCAUUCUCAAACAGGCCCGUGUUCUUGCAUACACGAACGCCACAUCUGAGUUCUUGUUCUAGCUAGCCUGUUGACAUAAUAUUAUUUCAACAGUAGAAUUAAAAUUCAGUCAGCUUUUAUUCAUGUUAAUGAGAUGUUACUGUACACUGUACAGGCACGAAAAAAAACUGUAUAGCUCAAGAACUCCAACUUCGCUUCCUUAUGAGGUGACAAGCUGUCCUAUGUUCUUCUGACUGGUCUGUGAUGUUCGUAGUCAAACACCGUAUCUUCCUGCUUUUAGAUUUCAUAGUUGUAAGGUAUGGACACAGGACGUCUGUGUUUUCGGAUGAAACAGCCUGAGUCUGCCACUCUGCCUUAUCUUCUUUGCUCUGUGUGGGGGUUUCUGAAGGAAAUGUUUACCUUAUAAGUGUGUGUGCGUGUGUGUAUUAUAUUUGUCUGCUUGUACGCAUGCAUUUAGGUGACCUCAGGGGCUUCUAAGAGUUCACUGAACUGAAGGAUGGGUCAUGAUAAGCCAUUGCGAUGGUUAAUGGCUCGCUGGCUCGAGUCACUACACCUUUCUGCCAACAGGUGGAGCUGGAGAUCCAAAUGGAUCAGGUGUAACCAGAGCAAAAGCCUACAUAUGAAGCAGCUCAUGUUUGAAUAAUCGUAGUCAGAUGUCAGCGAUCCAAGUGGUUUGAUGUCCACAACCCCAGAACUCUAGUAUUGAAGAUGAAUAAAUGUAUCAAGAGUACAUUGAGUGUUCACGCAGGCAUUUCAAAUACUGUAGAUGUUGUGAAGCUUGAUCUGAUUUGUACACCAAAACAAGCAAUAUGGCUUCCACAAGUGAAGUGAAUCUCCUCGUGCUCUGCUCUGUUGUAACGUAAACUGGAUGGUUCUAGCAUAUAAACUGUGUUUCCUGAUUUAGGCCUUCCAAACUGGCCCCUUCUUGUUGCACCUAUUCUAUGUCGUACCUUACUGACAACACAAUAGCUAGAGAGAAAAUGACACUUACUCAUGCUGUUGUAAUAUUUGCCUUCCUCACUGUCACAAGCAAACGGGGAGCAUGUGAUGUGAUCACACCCUACAGUUAUACGAGCGGAUGUUUAUCUCUUGAAUGCCUGAAAGAAACAGAAAGGAGUCGAUUUAAAGUGAUAGUUCACCCAAAAACGAACUUUCUCUCAUUAUUUACUCACCCUCAUGGUGUUCAAAACCUGUACGACUUUCUGUCAUCCGUAGAACACAAAAGGAGAAGUUUAGUGGAAUGUUCAUGCUGCUCCUCUCCAUACAGUGAAAAUGAAUGGGGGCUGCAAAAAUGAACAAAAAGGACUGUAAAAGUGGUCCAUAUGACUUUUAAAAUCUUCUGAAGCAGAGAAAUAGACUUAAAUUUAAAGGGUUCACCCAAAAAUGAAAUUUCUGUUAUUAAUUACUCACCCUCAUGUCGUUCCACACCUGUAAGACCUUUGUUCAUCUUCAGAACACAAAUUAAGAUAUUUUUGAUGAAAUCCGUGAGCUUUCUGGCCUCUGAUAGACUGCAACGUUAAUAUCACUUUCAAGGCCCAGAAAGGUAGUAAAGACAUUGUUAAAAUAGUCCAUGUGACUA